CCGCUGUCCUGUCAUCGGCCUGGGUGUGGUCUUGCAGUCUGGGGUACCGUUAGCAGGAAAUCAAGCUCCAGUCCAUUUCACUUUAAGGCUAAACAAAGAAAAAAAGACUCAUACGCCAGUAAGGUUGAAAAUAGUCCCUCGUUGUAAAGCUUGAAGUAACGAUUGUGUCCUCGCGACCGGAAGGCGUUAGAUUGGCGCCGUUGUUCUGAUGGGAAAAAGUUUUCCGCUGCUCGUCUGAUUUAUUAACUUUUUUAUCAAACGUGAACCGGACGUAGAAGAAAGGAAAGAUGCCGAAGACGAUCAGUGUAAGAGUCACCACGAUGGAUGCUGAACUGGAGUUCGCCAUUCAGCCAAACACAACGGGGAAACAACUCUUUGACCAGGUUGUUAAGACCAUCGGUCUGCGAGAGGUUUGGUACUUUGGACUCCAAUACCAGGAUACAAAGGGUUUCUCUACAUGGCUCAAGCUCAAUAAGAAGGUGACAGCCCAGGAUGUGAGGAAGGAAAGCCCGCUACUUUUUAAGUUCCGUGCCAAGUUCUUCCCCGAGGAUGUGACAGAGGAGUUAAUCCAGGACGCCACACAGAGGCUGUUCUUCCUGCAGGUGAAGGAGGGAAUCCUAAAUGACGACAUCUACUGCCCUCCAGAGACAGCAGUGCUCCUGGCCUCCUACGCCGUGCAGGCCAAGUAUGCUGACUACAACAAGGAAGUGCACACCCCAGGCUAUCUGUCCGGUGAACAGCUGCUCCCUCAGAGAGUUUUGGACCAACACAAGCUCAACAAGGACCAAUGGGAGGAGAGGAUUCAAGUGUGGCACGAAGAACACAAGAGCAUGAUGAGAGAGGAGUCCAUGAUGGAGUAUCUGAAGAUCGCUCAAGAUCUGGAGAUGUACGGAGUCAACUAUUUCAACAUCAAGAACAAGAAAGGAACGGAGCUGUGGUUGGGAGUGGACGCUUUGGGGCUUAACAUUUAUGAACAGAAUGACAAAAUGACGCCCAAAAUUGGAUUCCCUUGGAGUGAAAUCAGGAACAUUUCCUUCAAUGACAAGAAGUUUGUCAUUAAACCAAUUGACAAGAAAGCUCCUGACUUUGUAUUCUACGCUCCGAGGCUGCGCAUCAACAAGCGCAUCCUGGCUCUUUGCAUGGGAAACCAUGAGCUGUACAUGCGCCGCCGCAAACCUGACACUAUUGAAGUGCAGCAGAUGAAGGCUCAGGCCAGGGAGGAGAAGAAUCACAAGAAGAUGGAGAGAGCUCUUCUGGAGAAUGAAAAGAGGAAACGAGAAGUUGCCGAAAAAGAAAAGGAAAAGAUUGAAAAGGAAAAGGAGGACCUGAUGGAGAGAUUAAGGCAGAUCGAGGAGCAGACGAAAAAAGCCCAAGAAGAGUUGGAGGAACAGACGCACAGGGCUCUGGAGCUGGAGGUGGAGAGGAAGAGCGCUCAGCAGGAGGCUGGACGUCUGGAGAACGAUCUGAAGAGCGCCGAGGACGCCAAGUCAGCCCUGCUGCAGCAGUCAGAGAACCAGAUGAAGAACCAGGAACACCUGGCGACAGAGUUGGCCGACCUGACUUCGAAGAUCUCCCUCCUGGAGGAUGCCAAGAAAAAGAAGGAGGAUGAGGCAGUGGAGUGGCAACAGAAGGCCGUCAUGGUGCAGGAGGACCUGGAGAAGACCAAAGAAGAGCUGAAAAGCAAAGUGAUGGUGGCUCACAUUCAGGAGCCCCUGAACGAGGAGAACGAGGACGAGGAGAACGACGAGAGCAGCGCCGAGGCCAGCGCCGAGUUCGGGGCGGAGGUGGCGUUCCAGGACCGCAGCGAGGAGGAGCGCAUGACCGAGGCCGAGAAGAACGAGCGCCUGCAGAAACAUCUACUCGCUCUGAGCUCAGAGUUGGCCAACGCUCGGGAUGAGAGCAAGAAGACGGUGAACGACAUGAUCCACGCGGAGAACAUGAAGGCGGGGCGAGACAAGUACAAGACCCUCAGACAGAUCCGCUCAGGAAACACCAAGCAGCGCAUCGACGAGUUUGAGUGCAUGUGAUGCGCUCGCUCAGCACCGCUAAAGCCCACACAGCUGGACUGCAGUCCUGCCUCACACGAGCUGUUCCCCCCUGCCCAAAUAAAUCAGAUCCACAUCAUGACAUGGUUGCACAAGCACAGCACAGUGUACAAACAUGGAUCGGGAAAAUACUCCAUUUGUUAUCAUUCCUAACUUUGAAUUUAGGCAAGUCACUGGUUGAAAAGGGACAUACUGUAUUUUAUUAGUACAUUCCUCACAAGGGGUUAAUGUAGCAUUUGAAUAAUGUGCUCACGCCUCAUUUCAUGACACAUUGAGUUAGCCUUUUUAAUUUCUUUAUAUAUUUCUGUCGCCUUUUUGUAUCAUGAUUUCAAAAUAAAAGGCUCAGAGACCAGUCCCUUUUUCUGAGUGGUCUCUAACCCUGUCGACAUUUUCCUGCUGCACACAUGCAACGGUUCUUCACAGCAAGCUGGAUGUUAUCAUGAUCUGAUGCUCAGUUUAAACCCAAACGCACUGUUAUGUGUUUAUGUGGAGCAUUUUUAGAGCAGUAUUAUUUUUUGCCAAUUUGAGUGUAUUCUGGAUCUGCCUACUGUUACAAAUCAUUCAGUAUUUACACCCCAAGGAGAUAUUAAAAAUCGAUACCAUUUAAAUUAUUUUGUCUGUUUUUACAUUUCUGAACAGUCAGUUUGCCAAUCUAUGUUGCUGUUAUUCAGUGCCAAUACAUAUUAUUUAGUCAGCAUUCAAUUAAAAACAUCAUUUGAAGUUGAUUUCACUGUCUCUUUAAGAGCUUUACCGUAGUUUUAUUGCUAUGCUUUUAUGUUUUAAUACUGCUUAUCAGUGAGGAGGUUGUUUGAUAAUCAGAAUGCAUAGAUAUAACCCAUACAGCAUAAGGAAUCCCACUGUAGUCGUUACAAGUCAAGUUGGCUUUUGUUUUCAUAGAAUCUAAUGCAUAGAGUUACAUAAUUUCAUUAUACAUGCACUGGAAAACCAAUGACUCAAGAAAGCUUUCUGGACAUGAUUUCCAUUGCAUGCAUCUUUGAUAUACUGUUUGUAUUUGAUUUUUGUCAUUUGGAUUUGGCAGAAGUGAUAUCAUUUUGAGGUGGAAAGCAGACACCACUGAGGAUAUUUGUGUAUUAUAAAACCUAGAAGUACUUUUGAUUGUGAAGGAACAGGAUUUGGAAAACAGUAUUUUUUGUAAUUGAACAGCUCUCUGCUGAAGGAACAAGCAACACCCCAGAGCCUGGGACAGGACCAAUGAACAGCCAGAAGCUCAAGAAAACUAUGGCAUGUUGCUAAAGACAGGCAAAAUACCAUGAAGGGAAAUAUCAAACCAGGCCUAAACAUUUUGCAUACAAAUGUACAUAAUUUCUUUCAGCAUUUCUCCUGAUUCGUUUCGGCUUCAGAAAUAUUAAGGGGUUUGCUUGUUGUCGGAUUUUUUAGAAAUUAGUGUUUGAAAGAUUUAUUUACAUUAUUUUGCAAGUUUAAAGUAAAUGUAUUUUAGAUUUUUUUUAAUGUUAUUGUCAUUUGUACCGAUAUGCAUUUUGAUACUCAGUAUUCUCACCCAUUGCGUGGUCUAGUUUGUGUAUGUGCCAUGAGAUAAAAUGCAGUUGUUACUAUUUUAAAUAGCUCUCCAUGCCUUCAACAGUUACUUUUAUAAUGCUGCACUGUAUGUUAUACCUGAAGCACCGUGUAUUGACUGCCUUCUUUGAAGAAUCAAGUGUACUUUGUACCCGAGUCAUGUCUGAAAAAGAAAUGCAUUAGAAGAUGCUUCUCAAUAUUUUGUCUUGAAUUAAAAAAGGGCUGAGUCAUAAUUUUGUAAAUCUAGAGACAGUGCCUUGUCCAAGUUUUUCAUCAGAUCUUGCUGCUUCAAGUCUUCCUUUUACCAACGAAUAAAAGUCAAAUUGAACUGUACAUUCUU